UACUAUUUUUCUUUGGCAUUGGUAGAAAACUCGUUUCUGCUUAUCACGAAUGAACUAACUUGUUUUUUAAGUAAUACCAUGCCGAAUACGUCAUUAUUUAGAUUAUACCGGUUAUUUUACAUAAAGGUGUGACAUGUGUAAUAUAAUGUUAAAAACAUAUUAGUUUUAGGAGCUCUAAUCCUUUGAAAUUCGUUUGUCGCCAGUUAUUAUAAUAAAUGUACCGGUUUCAUGCGGAAAAUUUUAAAAGGAAGUACAUAAUUAGGAUCUCAAAAAGAAGAAGAAGACGAAGAAAAAGUAGAAGCUCGAAGCAUGCGACAGGAUAAAGAUCUUUUUCCUCGGCGAAGAUAUAAGCGCGCUAAGAAAACUUUCGCAUCACGGAAGCCGGCACACAUUGCAUUUAUCAACUACGAAGCUCUUGGAGUCUCGUUUUUCAUUUAGAAGAUAGACUCGUCGUUCUGUUUGGUUUCAACUUCCGUGAGUUUAUAAAUUUAUUAGAUACUUCUUACGUAACGUAGUAUUACAUAUUGAUUAAUUUCUUUCUUUAACAAAUCUUUAAUUUUUUUUUCUUUUUUAAAAGAAAUCAUUAAUUAUGUUCGAAACGUGUACCCUAAGAAGAACAGAUCGAUAUUAAAGAUGAAUCUUCUUUGGGAUAACGAAACUCCCUUGAAAUAAGUUUCUGUAUUUAACUUAACUAGGAAUAAAUUUGAAGGAGUAGGACCACAGGUAAAAGAUUCUUUUCGUUAUUCUUAAGAGCGAAGACGUAGAUGGUCCUUGGAUGCAUAGUACACAUGGUACUAUGCGGGGAGGGCCCCGUCACGAAGGCGAAGUUAACUGCCCAUAACUCAUAGCCGACAUAUAAUAAAUAUCGUUACUCCAUCGUGAGCACACGUGGACUUUCGCGAAGUGGUUUAUAAGCGUAUACGAAACGUACGUGAAGUAUGGAGGGACCUCACGUAUAUUCUGUGUAUAACGUCGACCGAACAUAAACGUUCGGCGUACCGUAUGUGUCUACGCCUUCGCCUUGCUCGCUCGUUGGAAAAGGCUUUCCUUCGAUCAUUCGCGUUUAAGCUUUUGCCCUUUAAUGGCCGAACUCGUCAACGAAGAUGAUGUCUCAUGGACGAGUUAUGUUACAUUUUUCUUGGAAUUUUUAAAUAACCAGAAUAGAACAGGAAUGUGUUCUGUCAACGGAAAGCAAAAAAAGAGAAAAAUAAAGAUCGCGCAAGAGGACGAACCCUUGAAAUAAGGAUAAGAAAAAAUAUCCUGCGUGACCGACCGCCGCAGUUUGUGGUUACAAUAAACAAGGAAAAAAAAGGUGUAUCUCUCUCUCUCUCUCUCUUUCUCACUCAUACGUGUACACGUUCGUCUUCUUCUAUUUCUCCUUCUCUCUCUCUUUCUCUUUCUCUCUCUUUCUCUCUUUACAGGGUUAGCUCCUAUCUCCUUCCAACUCUUCUCCCUUCGCCCUUUGCGCACAUGUACCUUACGCCGAGUGCAGACAACCGGAUUUAUAUUCAAAUGAAUCGCCGUAGAAGGGUCGACUUAUCAACGUAUCGCGGUCGAUGAAGCAAAAAGACAAAAGGAGCAAAGGGAGUCUCAGAGUUUCAAGAAUAAAAAUAAUAUAUGCAAGAUUCGUAGUAUCCGAUCCUGGUCCGCGGCACGACCAUCACCACACCAGCACUACCACCACCACCAUCACCUCCACCAUCGCCAUGCCAUCGUCAUCACCAUCUCCCUGGUUCCUCUGUAACGGAUAGGCUUCACCUCCGCAGGACGGAACUCUAGUCCGCUUCCAGUUUCGCCCUCGAGAGUUCUUCGCGGUUUAGUAGGAACGUGCCUCUCGCAACGUGCACCUCGAGCUCCUCCAUGCUCCAUAAUUCUUUAUCAAAUACGACGAGUAUUCUCCGACCGAUGUAAAAGUAUCAAUUAAAAUUUUGUUUAAUUCGGUCGAUAACAAGGGCAGAUUUUCAUCUUCGCGUGGUUUUUCAAUAUUCGUCGGAAAAAAGGCGCGGGAAGGUUCGAAAAAGGAUGGUUUCAAGUUGAAAAGUGACGAAGAAGGAGGAUGCACGUGGAAGUUUCUUCACGUUCUUUGCGAAAGAUGAGGAGAGGGGUCUGAGAGAGGCAAAGACGAAGAGAGAAAAAAGGAAGAGAGAGAGAGAGAGAGAGAGAGAGAGAGAGAGAGAGAGAGAGAGAGAGAGAGGUUAAAUAUCAUUUAAAAAAUAAAUUCAAUUAAUUAUACCUUCGUUAUUUUCUUUCAAUCGCAAUCGAGAAUAACGUUUCACGAUAUCUGCACGCAGUUUCAACUUUUCCCUUAACUUUUUUUUUUAUUUCCUUGACUUCGCUCCAGUCUAGUUACGUUCGAACUUGUUCGACGAUUAUCGCCUUUAAAGAUCGUUGAACGUUCCCGCGUAUGUACUUUUUUACGGCUCGCUGAUAGGUCUUUCAGAUCUCUAUCCCGUGAUCUCUUUCCUGUCGUCUUAUCAUCGUGACCCGGUUAUUGCAACGCAUCCAUCCUUAGCGAUAGCGUGCGUUUAAGUAUUUAUCGUGAAAGCACGUUUAUUCGUACCCUGGCUCAUAAAUUAUAGAAGAUUUAAGGCUUAAGGUAACAAGCAUGUCGAACGCUAAUUUCAUUGGGUUAUUCAUCGGUGUUAUGAGGCACGUGCUUUGCCAUUUGUGCUUAUUAAGAAAAACAACGUUCCUCGUGUAAACGAUCAUCGUCUCAAAGUCGUAACGAGAACGUCAGUUCGAUGAGAAAAUGAAAAGAAAGACAGAAAAAAUAGAAAAGGAAAGUAUGUCAGUUCUGAUUCUGAUUAUUUACAGAAAUCGGAGAAGAAAAGAUCCUGAGGAAAGAAAAGGCGAUCCUUUACACGUAAGGAUGCGAGUGCGUAGGAGAAGAUACACGAAGCGGUGACGACACACGGAUUUGUCUCGACAUGAGGCUAAGUCCAAUUUUUUUGUCAUGCGCCACGGCGAGCUGGCUCGGUCCUGCCGAGGCUAUUCGUAGUCCUACUUAUUCGAAGGACUACGAAUUAUCAACGGAGUUCUUCCUGGUGCCGUCGGAGGAUACGGCCGAUAGAAAUGGUUUGGCGAGCGUGGCUAGCGUUAUCAGCGUGCCGGCACCGAACAGGACUGUAUCCGUCUUCAGAAUGCCAACGAGGAAGGGCCAAGAACGCGAAACCGAAUCUACCAGACUGCCGAGCUCGCGUUUCCUUCUCAGACAACGACCUUGGGCUCUUCCCCUUGCAGCCCUAAGUGCCGCAGCGAUGCUUCUCAUGGCUGGUUUCGAGGUUUUCGUACUCCUCAAGGCAAGAGCAGCAGCUCCAAACAGACGUCACUUGUUCCUAGGCCAAGCUCUUUUACUUGGUCUCUUUCUUUUGGCUGGACUCUCAGCUGCAGCUUCCCUCAGCCAAAAUCCUCUCUCUUGUGCAGCCUUCAGACUAGUCGGUUUACCAGCGGCCCUCGUAUUUGCGGCCCUUCUCGUCAAAUGCGUUUUCCUUCUUUCAUUGAACAGUGGUGUCUAUUUACCAGCACCUUAUCAAGCUUUAGUACUGGUAUUCGCUGUACUGGUACAAGUAGCUAUCGUCGGCCAAUGGUUUUACGGGGAACCACCCGCGGUGAUACAAGUUCAAAAUAUGGAUCAGAAUGGUCCGCUAUUGGGUUGCAAAACUCCCCUCGGACAGACAGUGGCUUCCCUAGGAUACCCAGGGAUACUCUUAGUAGCGGUUGCCUGUUUAGCCGUUCGAGCACGUGGCGUACGCGAUAAUAACAGAGAAGCUGCUUUUAUUGGACUCGCCGUUGGUCUCUCAUUGCCCAUUUGGAUAUCAAGCGCAAUUGGUUCUACAGUAGCGUCCUCCGAGAGCGAUAAGGAGGCGUGGCUGGCCUAUGGCCUCCUUACUACUUCGUUCCUCGUCUUUUUGACGAUGUUCCUGCCGAAGGGUCGACAAUUGGCCGCCCUUGGUCGUGAAGGACCCACAACCGUCAUUCGAGAUCGCGAUGACGCACUCAGCUCUCUACCUGGCAGCGGCUACUCUCCUUCCUUUUUCCAUUUUAAACCUGCCGAGACGUCCUUGAAGAGGAAGAUGCACUAUCACAGCGCUGAUCGUGUCGCGCUGGUCUCAUCGGGAAUACCUGGUUGCAGUGCUUGCAGACACGGGGGAAGUCCAAUAUAUUCCGAUGAAGUUCAUGGGCCGAUGGAGACGUUUGUUCUACCGACCGGUAUGUAUUUGAGGCCGGAGGAUGCUGGAAAUCUCUAUACGACUCUGUCAGCGAAUCCCAACGUAUUUUUCCAGAGAGCUACACACCCGGGGAUGAUGUAUUGAUCCCCGCUUUUAAUUGACACGAAAGAACUUUAUUCAAAUAUUCUGAAGAAUUUAAUGAGAAGAUCCGCGGCUUUAUAAUUCUUCGCGUUAGAUUACGAUCAAUGAUCAAGAUAAUUACGUCGAUUGUAAAUAUUUGCGUUGCAUUUAGUACUUGACAAGUUUUGUCAAUUUUUGUACGAAGAAUAAUAUUGAACGCACGUCGAGCGAUAUGUUUGUGCGAAUAAA